AUGGAAGAAGAGAAUAUAGUUGUUGGUCAGGUUGACGAGGAAGUGGAGAAUGAAGAUACAUCAAUACAGGGUGGCGGCGACCAACAGGAACAAGAAGAAGAGGAGUACGAGAACAACUUUGACGAUAUAAUUAAACGUUUCAAUGAAGAGGAUUAUGAAGAGGAGGAGCCAGGCGAUAAGAUAUACUUCCCAAUCGGAAUGCACAAGUUGAACAAACCCAUGUACUCUCCAUAUGGCCACUUCUUUGAGAAGGAAAAGAUCGAGAAGUGGCUGUCCAACCACGACACUUGUCCAAUAACAAGAGAGCCACUGACAAUGGAGAUGAUGAAACCGGUCAUCUACCUGGACCCCGAUGGGGAGGAGGUCGAAGAGGAGGUCAUCGAGAGCAUCAACAACGAGAUGGAGGAGACUGCCAGCCGGCUGGUGGAAACGACCGCCGUCGUCGCCGCCGUGGAAGAGGCCGCCAUGGCCAACACUGCCGAGGCCACCGCCAGAGAUGAACUGAUCGCCCAACUAGAAAUGAUUGAUCAACAAGAGAUAAUCUUUAAUUAUGUUCCGGAACAUCAACAAGCAAUAUCCAAGACCCAAGAUGACACCUUGGCUUUGGCCAAAGUUGAUGCACAAGACGACGACCCCUAUGAUGGUGUCGGCGAGCUGCUGACCGAGAUACCAUUCAUACUCAAUGACUUGUAUGAUGGAGUUGGAGAGCUUUUAACCGAACAACCAUACAUUGAGGACGACCCCUACGAUGGUGUUGGUGAACUGUUGACCGAGGAGCAAGACAGGAUAGUGGCGCUGCAACAACAUCAACAACAACAACAAGAAGAAGAUAUACCUGUACAUUAUACGAACAAACUGGAUGGAGAGAAGAAGGAACGUCAUCAAUCAAAUGAGAAACUGGAAGAACUAAUAGAGAUGUUGGAUGGGGCGACCGUCGACUGUUCAUCCGAGUCUGACGUGGACAGUAUAGAUUCUCCGCACUCGGUCGAACUUUUGUUCCAAAUGCUCGAGAACAUCACUCAACCAUAUUGCGAUGAGAAUGGAAUAAGCCUUGGAAGCAGUAGUGUUGGCAGAGGCAGCGUAGUUGGCGAAAAUGACGACAAUGAACAAUAUAUUGACCAAUUGGAGCUAUUACUAGAGGAGGCCACCAAACAACACUCAUCAUCAUCAUCUCCUGACCCCUUGGCAGAAUGUCAUCUACAUCUGGACCUGGCCAAGACAUUGGACAUCAUGCUAUCGCCAUGUGGUGCCGACUCGUCUCAAAUUGCCGGAGCAAGUCUACCUGUCUUGGAAGACCUGGAAGCACAACCUCAUCAAGCAUGA